UUCUUUGUUUUUAAAUCAUGUCACAGUUUCCUGGUGACAGUGUGGUGACUGGUCAGGGCCGAAUUAAUGGGCGACUCGUUUAUGUCUUCAGUCAGGACUUUACAGUGUUUGGAGGAAGUUUAUCAGGAGCUCAUGCACAGAAGAUCUGUAAGAUUAUGGAUCAAGCUCUGUUGGUAGGAGCUCCUGUUAUAGGUCUAAAUGACUCUGGAGGAGCACGUAUUCAGGAAGGUGUGGAGUCCUUGGCUGGUUAUGCUGACAUUUUUCUGAGAAACGUACUGUCCUCUGGUGUUGUGCCUCAAAUAUCUCUUAUUAUGGGUCCUUGUGCUGGUGGCGCUGUCUACUCACCUGCAUUGACCGAUUUCACGUUUAUGGUGAAGGAUACAUCUUACUUGUUCAUAACUGGUCCUGAUGUUGUGAAAUCUGUUACAAAUGAAGAUGUGACUCAGGAAGAUCUGGGUGGUGCUAAAACACACACUGCAAUUUCAGGUGUUGCACACAAGGCCUUUGAAAACGACGUUGAUGCCUUAUUGAACUUGAGAGAAUUUUUUAAUUUUAUACCUCUGAAUAAUAGAGAUCCUGCUCCUAUUAGAGAAUGCCAGGAUCCAUGUGACCGGCUGGUACCCAGUCUGGAUACAGUGGUUCCAAUGGAAUCCACAAAAGCAUAUGAUAUGUUGGAAAUCGUCAGUGCGAUUGCAGAUGAAAGGGAAUUUUUUGAGCUCAUGCCUAAUUAUGCGAAGAACAUUAUUAUUGGUUUUGCCAGGAUGAAUGGACGCACAGUGGGAAUUGUGGGUAAUCAACCUAAAGUGGCUUCAGGUUGUCUAGACAUCAAUGCUUCGGUAAAAGGAGCCCGUUUUGUCCGAUUCUGUGAUGCAUUUAAUAUCCCCAUCAUUACAUUUGUGGAUGUGCCUGGAUUUUUGCCAGGAACUAGCCAGGAAUAUGGCGGAAUCAUCAGACAUGGUGCAAAGUUGCUCUAUGCGUUUGCUGAGGCCACAGUGCCCAAAAUUACAGUGAUCACACGAAAGGCCUACGGUGGUGCAUAUGAUGUGAUGAGCUCCAAGCACUUAAGAGGUGAUUUGAACUAUGCUUGGCCAACAGCAGAAGUUGCAGUUAUGGGUGCUAAGGGUGCUGUGCAGAUAAUCUUUAAAGGAAAAGGGAAUGAAGUAGAGGCAGAGGCAGAAUAUGUGGAAACAUUUGCAAACCCAUUCCCAGCAGCUGUGAGAGGUUUUGUCGAUGACAUAAUUGAACCAGCAACCACUCGAUUGCGUAUUUGUCGAGACUUGGAGAUGCUGGCAAAUAAGAAACAGACUAACCCUUGGAAAAAACAUGGCAAUAUCCCCCUGUGAAAAAAAAACUUAGACGUCAAGCAGAUGAACAGAAUGUUCCCCUCCAAAACCAUUGAUUUUAUUUUUGUUAACAAACAAUGCUGUCAUCAUUUAGGAAUAAAUUUGAAAUCAACAACAAAA